AAAGAAGAAGUAAAAAACACGUGAUGUUCAUGUACAAGGUGAAAUGCAGUGCAUUACAUAAAAGCAAAACAAAAAUUUAGCCAUGUCCCCUUGCUUUGAUAUAUGUUCUUAUGUCUGACCAAAUUAAGCAAAGACAAAACUCGAGUCAAUUAAACCCAAGUCAGUCCUUUGAAUCGAUCAGGUCGAAUCUUUUUCAUAGUAGCUAUUUUCGCAACCUAUCAAGCCAAUCGAGCUGGGCCCUUUUCCGUAAUAGAAAAUUUCCCUUUAACACUCAUUUUUUCCGAUCUAUUCAGAGCUUUCCGUCGGCUUCAAACUUGGAUUAAAAUCCCUAGUUAGUACUCAAGAGUCAAGAGGGAGAGGGAAAGAGAUGGCGGACGCAUCCAAGGCGUUUUUGGAGAAUGCACUCCAGGAGCUAAUGCUUAACCAGUCGGAGAUCGAGGGCCCAUUGAGUGGCCAGAUCCAGGAGCAAUCAGGUCGAGAUCACACCAAGGCUCGCGACGUCCAGAUCGAGGACGAGGAGAAGUUUCUCACCGAAUUCGAAGACUCGUAUCACACCGAGGCUCGCGACGUAGUUAUCGAUCAUCAGACAGUUGGUGGGUGCCGGCGGUGGCGAUGCAGGCAGCGGCGACUGAAGGCGCAAGAUCUGGAUACCAGAAGGUGGCGGGAGAUUGGAUGCGAGAGGCGACGGGCUAAUUGGAGCACUCGCGAUGUUGUUUAUGAGGUGAAGGCGAAGGAGGAAAAGGCCAACAGCACCAACCUUCUUCCUCUUCUCCAAGUCUUCGAAAUGGUGAUGCAGAGCACUCGCGAUGUUGUUUAUGAGCUGAAGGCGAAGGAGAAAAAGUUCAACAGCACCAACCCUCUUCCUCCAACUACUACUCUUCUUGAAAAUCAAGAAUUGAUGCAGUCUACUGCUGGAGCUGUAGACUGCAUCAAGAGUAACCAACUGAGUGAUUCUUCAACUGCUGUUGGUUCAUCAUCAAGACGUGAACUCACAAGCAAAUAUGACGUGGUUGGUAUUCAACGAGAUCUGUCUAAAAUAAAGAGACUGCUUACUUGUCCUCCAUCCAAACUACAAGUCCUCCCAAUCGUCGGAAUGGGAGGGAUUGGUAAAACUACACUUGUUAAACUUGUUUAUAGUGAUAAAUUGAUUAUGGAGCAUUUUGAAAUUCGAGGUUGGGUGACAAUAUCACAAGAUUACAGUGUAGCUAAUAUUGUUUCAAAUCUGCUUGCUUCGAUGAAAGGAAUACAAGAAGGGAGAGGUGUACAGAGCAAGAUCUCUGGGGAUGAGGAAAUUCACAGUUGCUUAAGAUAUAGAAGGUAUCUUAUUGUAGUGGACGACGUUUGGAGUAAGAAAGCUUGGGAUGAUAUGAAAGAGCUAUUUCCUGACGACUAUAAUGGAAGUAAGAUCAUUCUAACCACAAGGCUACAAGAUGUGGCUGCAUAUGCUGAUCCUUCUAAUUCCUUUCAUAUGAUGCGUCCCUUGGGUCAAAAAGCUAGUUGGGAAUUGCUACAAAAAAGGGUGUUUGGUGGAAGGUGUCCUCACAUAUUUUCAAGUGUUGGAAGAGAAAUUGCAGCACAAUGUAGAGGAUUGCCUCUAUACGUUGUGGUGGUGGCAGGACUUCUAUCUAAGGUUGAUCAAACUGUUGAUGCUUGGAGGCAAAUAGCGGAGGGGAAUGAUGGGCAACUUGACACCAAAAUUUUCUUGAGUUACAUCCACUUGCCUCAUCAUGUAAAGUCAUGUUUCUUAUAUAUGGGAGGUUUCCCUGAAGAUCACCAGAUCCGUGUCUCAGAACUGAUCAAGCUUUGGGUAGCUGAAGGCUUUUUACAUCCAAACGGAUCUAAAAGCUUAGAAGAUGAGGCGAAAGAUUGUUUGGAGGAUCUUGUUGAGAGAGGUCUAGUUUUGGACACUAGCAGUAACUUUGAUGUCAAAAUCAAAAGUUGUGGCCUCCAUGAUGUCGUGCGUGACUUUUGCAUAAGACAGGCCCAACAAGAAACAUUACUUCUUCCUGUUUUGGAUUACUUACCAAGUCCUAUUCUUAGACGGCAUUUUCUUCCGCUAGUCUUGAAGAAUCAUAAGCGCAUAAGUGUUACUUGGCAUGAUCUAGAUCUCAAGGACUCUACGCAUAGCUCAGGUACACAUUCUAUUAUAUGCAUCCCGCAGAAGGGAUAUAGGCCUAAAGGCUCUAUAGAGAAUUUUAGUUUGCUUAAGAUUCUUCAUGUUCUACGUAGAAAUGAUUACUGGGAAUGGGAACCGACUCAAGUGUUUGAUCUGAUUCAUCUAACUUACCUUGCUGCCAACAUUCCCACAAGUAUAGUUCCUCCAACCAUAUCAAAGCUUCAUAAUCUUCAGACUUUGAUUAUUUAUAGAUCUGAGGUUCGUUUACCAGUGGAGAUUUGGAGGCUGAGCCAAUUGAGACAUCUUAUUGCCUUUUCAUUUCAUCCUUUACCCCAUCCUGAAGUAACAGCUAUUCCUCUAGCAAACUUACAAACAUUUUCGCUGGCAACGGAUUUUGUAUGUGUGAAAAUGAUUCCAAACAUUCAAAAGUUGGGAAUAUGCUACUCUGAAGAGAAGUUUGGUGAAGGCUAUCAUCUUAGGCUUCUUAGCAAUCUGUUCAGCAACCUGUUUCGACUUGAGAAACUGAAAUUGGAGAGACAUAGUUCAUUUUGCGGGAGUCUGAAUCUUGCCUUUCAGUUUCCUCUUUCACUGAAGAAGUUAACACUAAGUGGCUGGAAGUUUCCUUGGAGUCAUAUGAAGAUUGUUGGUUCGUUGCCUAAUCUUCAAGAGUUGAAAAUAAGGAAGUAUGCUUGCAACGGGAAAUGCUGGGAAACUUCUAAGAGAGAUUUUGUUAAUCUGAGGCUUUUGCUUAUUGAUGAAUCAAAUUUGCAGCAUUGGAGAGCUAAAAGUCGCCACUUCCCACGGCUCAAGUGCCUAAUGCUUCUUCGUUGUCCAGAUUUGUCAGAGAUUCCAAUUGCUCUUGGACAUAUUCCAACGCUUGAACUGAUUGAAAUCGAUGAUUGUAACAAAUCUCUUUUCAAGUCAGCUAGAAAGAUUCAAAGGACACACCGAUUGAAUUUUGGUGAUGGCCUUCAUGUUCGUAGGAUGCGUUCUUGAUAUACUCUUUCAGAUUCGACUCUGUACUUCAUAUCAGAGUGUUGAUGAGCUAGCUUACCAGAUGUUUGACUGAUACAAAAGGCAAAGAGAAUGGUAGAGAGCUAGCUAGCUCCAAAUGAUUGAUCAGAAAUGAAGUCAUUUGGCUUUCGGGUUUGACAUGUUGGUUUGUAAGUUGUGUCAACUCUUUCGUUUCUCUUUUCUAGUUAGGUCACAUGGGACAGAUUUGUAGGUUCUAUUUGUGAUUGUAAGGCAUGUGCUGAAGGCUCGACGACUAACUCAUUGCUAUUGGGUGUUUCACGAGUUAUAACUACUUUGAUGAUUGACUAUAUAUCUGAGAGGUAGAAGAGGGUUGAAUGAA